AUGCGCGGGGCGGGUCUCCUUGGCGCUGCGCGGAGGGCGAGCGUCGGCCUGAAGGAGAAGGGAAGGGAGGGAAGGAAGGAGGGGCGGGGGUCGCCGCUUCUGCCGCCGCCGCCAUGUUGCUGUGCGCUCCCCUGCGGGCCGCCGCCGCACGCUCGAUAAGGCAAAUCCAAUACUUACAUAGAACAGCAGUGCGCAAUGCCAGUGGAGGAGCCUUAUUUGUGCACAGAGAUAGUCCAGAAAAUAAUCCAAAUACUCCAUUUGAGUUCACACCUGAAAACCAGAAGCGAAUAGAAGCGAUCAUAAACAACUACCCAGGGGGACACAAGUCUGCAGCUGUCAUGGCAGUACUAGAUUUGGCUCAAAGACAGCAUGGAUGGUUGCCCAUCUCAGCUAUGAACAAGGUUGCUGAAAUUUUAGAAAUGCCUCCCAUGAGAGUGUAUGAAGUAGCAACCUUCUAUACAAUGUAUAAUCGCAAACCUGUUGGGAAAUACCAUAUUCAGGUCUGCACUACCACGCCUUGCAUGCUGCGAGACUCUGAUAGUAUUUUAGAAGCCAUUAAGAAGAAACUUGGUAUAAAAGUUGGGGAGACAACACCUGAUAAACUCUUCACGCUGAUAGAAGUGGAAUGCUUAGGUGCUUGUGUAAAUGCACCGAUGGUACAAAUAAAUGACAACUACUAUGAAGAUUUGACACCCAAAGAUAUUGAAGACAUAAUUGAUGAGCUAAAGGCUGGAAAAGUUCCCAAACCUGGCCCACGGAGUGGACGUUUUUCUUGUGAGCCAGCUGGUGGCCUUACUUCUCUGACUGAACCACCCAAAGGACCAGGUUUUGGAGUUCGCCCUGACCUCUAAGGAUUUUUGUAAUAUAAGAUGAACUGUCUGAAUAUAAUAAAGUAACUUUAAUCUCAGUAAAA